AUGCCGGCCGCGCGCGUGGAGUACAUCGCGCCCUGGUGGGUCGUGUGGCUGCACAGCGUCCCGCACGUGGGGCUGCGCCUGCGGCCGGUGGACAGCACCUUCAGCCCGCGCGACGAGGCGUACCAAGAGUCGCUGUUGUUCCUGGGGCUCAUGGCCGCCGUGUGCCUGGGCCUGAAUCUGGCCUUCCUCGCGACCUACCUGGUGUGUGUGUGCUGCCGCCGGCAGGAUGGGGCUGUGCAGACCAAGCAGCGCAACUCUUGCUGCACCACCUGGACGGCAGUGGUGGCCGGGCUCAUGUGCUGUGCCGCCUUAGGCAUCGGAUUCUACGGGAACAGUCAGACCAACGACGGGGUCUACCAGCUCACCUACUCCCUGGACAAUGCAAACCACACUUUCUCUGGGAUCGACACCCUGGUUUCUGAAACCACCCAGAAGAUGAAGGUGGACCUGGAGCGGCACCUGGCCCGGCUCAGCGAGAUCCUCGCCAGCCGAGGCGACUACCUGCAGACCCUCAAAUUCAUGCAGCAGAUGGCGGACAACAUUGUUGCCCAACUCUCCGGCCUGCCCGUGUGGGAGGAGGUCACUACCCAGCUGACCGAGCUGUCGGAGCAGACCAGCUACAUAGAAUACUAUAGGUGGCUCUCCUACCUCCUGCUCUUCGCCCUGGACCUGGUCAUCUGCCUCGUCACCUGCCUGGCACUGGCCAGGCACUCCAAGUGUCUCCUGGCUUCGAUGCUGGGCUGCACGGUGCUGGUGCUGCUCCUCAGCUGGGCAUCUCUGGCCACAGACAUGGCCGCAGGAGUGGGCGCCAGUGACUUCUGCGUGGCCCCCGAUGCCUUCAUCCUGAACAUCACACAGGGCCAGAUCAGCACAGAGGUGGCCCGCUACUACCUGUACUGCAGCCAGAGCGCCCGCAGCCCCUUCCAGCAGGCUCUGACUGUCUAUCAACGCUCGCUGACCACCAUGCAGAUCCAGGUGGCAGGGCUGCUGCAGUUUGCUGUGCCUCUGUUCCCCACGGCCGAGAAAGAUCUCCUUGGAACACAGCUCCUGCUGAACUCUUCGGAGGUUGGCCUGCACCAGCUAACAGCCAUGUUGGAUUGCCGGGGACUGCACAAGGACUACGUGGACGCGCUCACCGGCGUCUGCUACGACGGCAUCGAGGGCCUGCUCUACCUGGGCCUCUUUUCCCUCCUGGCCGUCCUGGCCUUUUCCACCUUCGUCUGUGCGGGGCCACGGGCCUGGAAGUGCUUUGCUGCCAGGGACAGAGACUAUGACGACAUCGAUGAUGGCGACCCCUUCAACCCCCAGGCACGGCGCAUGGCGGCCCACGCCCCAUCCAGGGGGCAGCUGCACAGCUUCUGCAGUUACAGCAGCGGCCUGGGCAGCCAGAGCAGCCUACAGCCCCCGGCCCAAACCAUCUCCAACGCCCCCGUCUCUGAGUACAUGAAUCAGGCGAUGCUGUUCGGUGGGACCCCACGCUACGAGAAUGCACCACUCAUCGGGAGAGGCUCCCCUCCACCCACGUACUCGCCCAGCAUGAGGGCUGCUUACAUGUCGGUCGCAGAUGAGCAUCUACGACACUAUGGGAGUGACUUUCCAGCCUAGCGGACAAACGGACAGACUGAAAUGCGGGGGUCCCUGCCUCCGUCUCGUUUGCGUAUUUGGCGAAUGCACAGAAAAGCUACAUUCCUUCAACUGGAAUCACAAGCGCCCUGACACUGGCAGGCUCCCUGGGCUGCAGGAACCCAGCGGAAAUUCCUGACCAGUGUCCUGGGGGAACAGAGGACCCCCAACUCUCUCCUGCCCCUGCUCUCCACACUGGGCCUCACCCCUGCAUCCCACACUCACAGGUGGGGCGGAGUAGCGAGGGGGUGUCAGAUGCCACAUCCUGGGAGCUCCCUGUGCUCCUGGGCCCCUUUAUCCAGGGCCAUGCUUCUCAUUAGCACUGACCACCAUUGGUGAUGGGCACUGCAAGCCACUUCUCACAACUGCUCAGCAGUCAAGGGAGGGCGUUUACAGGAAGUGGCAUUGCUGAUGAAACCCAACAGUGUCCACAGCCACAUUCCAGAGCCAGGUGAACUUGGCUGGGUCAUGGAGGUCUGUGCUGUACAAGCUGCCAUAGACAGGGGGUCUGGCAGCUGCAGGGUGUGGGCCCUGGGCCUGGGGGACCCAACUGGGCACCGAGGGUUAAGCCUGCUCCUAACUGACCUGUGUUCUGGUGUUGCUGCCGUAGAGCCGCACACGGGGAGGGCAGCCCUUAGCAAGUGGCCCCUCCCUCUUCUCCCCAUGCCAUGUUAGGGCAGCAGCUGAGUGUCCCUCUGGAAGCAGAUUUGCCUUUUGAGCAGUCUUGAGCAACAGCACACUGUGGCUUGAGGUGAGGACAGAGAUCUGCCCAUCUUCUCCCCUCCCCCGCUUGUUUCCCAGCCCUUCGUGGGAAGGAGUUUCUGGGCCAGGAGGAAGUGACGACCCCCACUCCACCCCAUCCUGCUAGCCAAGGUACCAGGAUUGGGGUCUUUGGUGCUUCAACCUCCUGCCCUCCCUGGGUGCACAGCCUGAAGCCUCCAGCUCAGGAGCCAAGGCUCCCUUUGCAUUCCGCAGUCACUUUGUCACCAAACACUGGGAGCAGGGUGGGUGCCGCUCUCGGCCCAGCCUCUGCAAUGGGCCAGGGCCAGGAGCGGCCAGGACUCCACCUGCAUUCAGACCUCGGAACACUGCUGCCCUCAGCCCCGCUGCUUCCUAACCUCUGGUUUGUGCCCUGACACUUGGGGGUGUUUUUACUGCAUGUAGACUAAACUACAGUUCCCCCCAGGGGUUUCCCAGGGAUCCCAGUGGGAACCUCUUCCUGACUGCAGGUGCAGCCUGGCCUGGGAGAGAAAUAAACAUUGUACUAAGAAGGGAGAUCGGUUCUGUACUUGCUCAGCCGCUGAGAUGAAGGGGAGCCCAUCUCAAGACAGCCACAGCUCUGGG